AUGAUUCUGUUUUUCUUUCUUAUUAAAUUUGUAAAUAAGUACUAUCUUGUGGAUGGGGGAUAUGCCAACGAGCCUGGUUUCUUAGCUCCUUAUAGGGUGACUCGAUAUCAUUUACAACUUUGGCGAGGGAAUACUCCUAAGAACUAUAAGGAGUUAUUUAACCUUAGGCAUUCCUUAGCUAGAAGUUACGUUGAAAGGGCAUUUGGAUUGUUGAAGAAAAGAUGGGGCAUUUUGCGUGCAGCUGGCUUUUAUGACGUGAAGACUCAAGUUAGGAUCAUCAAUGCUUGUUGUAUCCUUCACAACUUCAUUCGUGAUGAGUGUCCUCAUGAUGCACUAUUGGAUGAAGUAGAUCAAGAGUUGGAAGAUGCUUUAGAUAACGAUUCAUAUGACUCUGAUGAAGAUGAAAUCACGACAGUGAGGGCAACCAAUGAGUGGACUUUAUUUAGAGAUAAUUUAGCUAAGGAAAUGUUUGAACAAUAUAAAGCAAUUUCUCGCUCGGAGAGCUCGGAGUUAGUUCUGUAUUUUCUGUUAGAUAUGCCAUUGUAA